CGGGGGCUGAGGCUAUUUGUUGCUGCGCCGCCACCGCCCGAGCCAUGGUCCGCGUUCCUCUCGGGCUCUCUUAGCAGCAGCCGCCGCCGCCCUGUGCUCUCCGGCUUCACUUCCUCCUUCUCUUCCUGCUGGGCCACUUUCCUCCUGGCGCUAUGACCGUCGUUUCCGUCCCGCAGCGGGAGCCGCUUGUCCUGGGCGGCCGCCUUGCGCCCCUGGGCUUUUCCGCCCGCGGUUACUUCGGGGCUCUUCCGAUGGUGACCACGGCUCCGCCGGCUCUACCCCGGAUCCCGGAUCCCCGGGCACUGCCCCCCACCCUCUUCCUCCCUCACUUCCUAGGGGGCGACGGUCCCUGUCUGACCCCUCAGCCUCGCGCCCCAGCACCGCUGCCCAACUGCAGCCUCGCCGCGGCUGGGGGUCCCCCACGGGCAGCGCCAAAGAAGCGGCGCAAGAAGAAGGUGCGGGCCAGCCCGGCGGGGCAGCUGCCCAGCCGCUUCCACCAGUACCAGCAGCACCGGCCGAGCCUGGAGGGCGGGCGGAGCCCCGCGACGGGCCAGAGCGCAGCGCAGGAGGUCCCGGAGCAGGCCGCCGCCUCGGGCCCGGCGACCGCAAACCCCCCUGAGGAAGCGAGCCCCUUCGCCGGCCCGCUGCCGGCCGCCGCGCCCGGCCAGCCCUCUUUCAGAAGAGAGGUUUUAAAAUCAAAGAUGGGAAAAUCGGAGAAAAUUGCCAUUCCCCACGGCCAGCUUGUUCAUGGUAUACACUUGUGUGAACAACCAAAGAUAAACAGACAGAAAAGCAAAUAUAACUUACCACUAACCAAGAUCACCUCUGCAAAAAGAAAUGAACAUAAUUUUUGGCAGGAUUCUGUUUCGUCUGAUAUAAUUCAGAAGCAGGAAAAAAAGCCUUUUAAAAAUACUGAGAACAUUAAAAAUAUGCAUUUGAAGAAAUCAGCAUUUCUCACUGAAGUGAGCCAGAAGGAAAAUUAUGCUGGGGCAAAGUUUAGCGAUCCGCCUUCUCCUAGUGUUCUUCCAAAGCCUCCUAGUCACUGGAUGGGGAGCACGAUUGAAAAUUCCAACCAAAAUAGGGAGCUGAUGGCAGUACACUUAAAAACUCUCCUAAAAGUGCAAACUUAGAUCUCAAUUUCAGUAUGUCUGUAAAACUUAGUUUUUCCAAAAUCCCUGGACUCUUGAAAAUUGGUACAGAAAUGGAAAUUUGCCUUGUUGCAACGUACAAGUGCAAAAGAUGAGUUUAAAAAAUUACAAACAGCUUGUAUUAUAUUUUAUAUUUUGUAAAUACUGUAUACCAUGUAUUAUGUGUAUAUUGUUCAUACUUGAGAGGUACAUUAUAGUUUUGUUAUGAAAGUAUGUAUUUUGCCCUGCCCAAAUGGUAGGUGUUUUGUAUAUAUACAAUGGAGAAAUUUUAAGUGUGUGCUAAGGCACACGGAAGACCAAUUUAUUUGCACAAGGUACUGAGAUUUUUUUUUUCAAGAAACAGCUGUUGAAUCUCAAGGUGAAGAUCUAAAUGUGAACAGUUUACUGAUGCACUACUGAAGUUUCAAUCUGUGGCACAAUCAUUGUAAACAUGGGGUUUGUCUAUGUUUCUCUAAAUUGAUUUCUGCCUUCUAAUCUGUGAUUACUGGAAAACUCCUAUUCCCAUUUUUACCAAGCUUAAUUUCUGGCUUUUGGUUUAUAUCCAUUAUUCAAAUUUAAAAUACCUCUAAUUUUAAUGCCAACAAAAUUGGUUGUAAUCAAAUUUUUAAAUAAUAAUAAUAAUUUGGCCCCCCCCUUUUAAACUAGUCUUGACUCUUUUUGUGUGACUUUUUCAUGUUUGAAUGUGUGACAUGGAGAUGGAUUUUAACUCCAUUUUACUAGCUAAAUGUCUUUGGCUUUCUACUAAUCGUCCAUCUUCCCUCUGAAAUUUAGAGGGUCCAAUAAUUUAACACUACUACCUCUAAUGGGAGGAAUUCCCUAUCUUACAAAUGGAAAUGGUUAUGGUCUAAAGUAAAGCUCAUUAGUUUAUAGCUUAGAGUAUAUUUUUAUAUAUGGACCAUUUCAUAAAGUACCAUUUGACUUAUACCAUAUGUUUUCAGCAAAAAAAAAAACACUUGUUUUACUAAAUUUAUAUUGAUACUGAAUGGCAGUAUUUGAACCAAAGCAAGGGUAAUUGAUGUUAAAAUAGUGGAUGGAGAUUUUAGAUAUGACAGCUUAUGUAUUUUUGCUUUGAAAUUCAAACUUUGUUCUAUUUAAUAGUAUAUUUAUGUGGUCUAUUCCAAUAAGAAAUACUAAAAUGCAAUUUUCCUUAUGGUUUUUAGUUACAUUACGCAAAGCUAAAGUUUAUCUCAACAAAAAGGAAGAAAGUUUUCUGAGUAAUUGGGCAAUAUUUACACAUGUGAAAAGGAAAAGGGUCUUAAGAGGGUAGAUGUAUGAUUCUAUAAGGUGGACUAGAUGGGAAAGGUGCUACCAUCCUUCUGAGAAAAAAAAGGGAGAGGAGUCGUGUACCAUCUGGCUCACACAGGAGGGGAGGAAGAGAGGUAACUUUCUGGCUGUACAAGAGUGCGGGGUGGUGCACAAGGCGCGCAGCCUUGCUUAGAAUCACUCUUGACUUGUUGAAUAGUGCCAGGAGGGUGUGUUAACUUGCAUUAGCCACAGAAUGAGAAUUACUAAUAGAUGGAUGUGCUGUCUUGUAUAUGCAGCUCAAUACGGAUCCAGCCAACCAUUAUUCCUUGACACUGGCUAUAACAUGUGCUUUGUUCUUAUAUGUAUGUAGAGAAAACUAUACUUUGUUAUUACAUAUAGGUAUAUAUGUAGCUGGCUUUUAAAAAAUGCAUUUAGAGAAACUGAAGUCAUAAUAAAAUAUAGGUAAGCUUUCAGCCUUGUAAAAGUUAGACUUUCCAAGAGAAGUGUUAACACACUGGUAAAGACAGUGGUUAAAUUUUUUAAAGGAAUAACAUAAGGAAAUAGAUAAUAAUAUAAAGUAGUAGUAGUAUUUAUAGUUUGAAGAGUGAACAAAAUUGGUUGAAUUAGACUACAGAUAUAUUUAGUGAAAAGCUAUUAAAUUUAAAAGUCAAGUCGUUUUGUUGUUACAGUGAAAUACUAUUUGGCAGCCUGUCUUGGUCUCUUUGGGCUGCUUGUGAACAUUGCUCACAGUUCUGGAGGUUGGGAAGUGUAAGAUAAAGGCGCCAGCAGGUGUGGUGUCUGGUGAGAGCCCACUUCGUGGUUCAUAGGUGGUGUGUUUUUGCUGUGUCCUUAGAGCACAGAAGGGGCGAGGGAGCUAAUUGGACUCCUGUUGUGAGGGCACACUAAUCCCGUUCAUGAGGGUUUUCCCCUCAUGUCCUAAUCACUUCCCAAAGGCUCCACCUCCUAAUGCCAUCACCUUGGGGUUAGGUUUUAACAUAGGAAUUCAGACCACGGUGCAGCCCAAUUAUUCAGCCAACUUUAUUUUUCUCCUGUUGGAGUCUCUUGAAACAUUUUCCCCAAUGUUCUUGUAAUGGUAUUUGUUUGGUUUUGUGGGUAUAUAAGGCAAACAUUGUGUUUGCAGUGAUCAGCUUCAGGCGUAAAUUUUAACUAGUGGCCUGAUAAAGGGGAUUCAUAAUUGCGAAGGGGUGAAAGGUUUGUAAGUGUAGUAUGUGAAUGGAAAAAAUUACAUGCAGUGGCAGUACAUUAUAGGACAGAUACCAACAUGCAGUUAGUAUUUUAUGCUGAAGAUGCUUUUAGAUAGAUCUGUGCUAUUUGAUACCAAGUGUAUUUAACUCAUACCAGUGAUGGGGUGACGCUCAGAAGGACCAGCUUUUAUUUGCAUUAAUCUUGGUGUUAAGUAUUUUAUUAGUGUCCUUGUGGGCAGAUAAAGGAGAAAGAAGGUAAUAAAAGACCAAAUUACACUAAUAAAA